CAGAUAAUAAGCGGAUAGUAAACAGAGACGACGCACACGAGGACGAGCCUGCACAGAAAGAAGCAGCAGCAGGCCGAGGCAACAUGUGAACGUGAUUUGUGACUAAUGUAGAUGUAGAUUGCAUGCACGUAAACACGCACAGUGAUUAUUUUACACUGCUGUUUUUGUUAUUGUUCAUUGGAAGCCUCAAUUAUGGUUCCGCGUUAAAUCGACGCAGAACCAUCGGCGUAGGGUACGCGGCGACGCACACCGUACGGUGCGCGUCGACGCGUGCCCUACGCCGUAGGCUCUGCGUCGGUGUAACGCGGAACCAUAAGUGCCCAUAGACGCUCAUGGUUGCUGAUGUUUUCCUGGAUGGAAAAGUAGCCCACUAGUCCUGAGCCUGUGUUAGCUGGCUGCUAGGCUAAUUUAUGAUCGGAUCAGCUCGUAUUCUGCCUUUAACUCAUCUUUUUUUCUGUGCAAACAUCAAGCAUUUCGAGGCGCUACUACUGCGUUAUUAACAUGUUUUACCAUUUGACGUAAAAUACUGCUUUUGGCUGCCAUCGCUGUGUCUGAGUCUGUUCAGGUGCAGAGCUGCUGCCGUCCCGCCGUUCACGAUGGCUCAGAACCAAGUGAUCCUGCAGUUCCACUUCGCCACGUUCGGAGACUCCAUGCUGCAGAAGAUGAACCUCCUGCGACACCAGAGACGUUUCUGCGAUGUCACCGUGCGCAUCAACCAGUUGGAAGUUCCCGGUCACAAGGUGGUGUUUGCCGCCGGCUCGUCCUUCUUGAGAGACCAGUUCAUCCUCCAGCAAGACUCUAAAGAGGUCCAGAUUUCCAUGAUCCAGGCAGCAGAAGUGGGCCGGCAGCUGUUGCUGUCCUGCUACACGGGCCAGCUGGAGUUUCCUGAACUGGAGCUGGUGCAUUACUUGACAGUGGCUAGCUUCCUCCAAAUGGGCCAUAUUGUGGAGCAGUGUACACAAGCCCUCAGCAAGUUCAUCAAACCACAGGGUUCACGCCAGUUGAAGGUGAGUGUCGACAUGAAGAGGGAGAAGAAGGACGAGGGCUUGUCCUCCCUGGGACAAAGAGGGAACGAACGCUGCCUGGUGCGGACUGUCCCCCAGGAGGAAGAUGCGGAAGAGGAAGACGAGAUGGUAGUGGGAGAGGUUGAGGGGGGCGAUAAUGGUGACAGUGAUGAUGAUGAUGACGAUGACGAUGAUGAUGUGAUAAUAGAGCCCAAGAGCCCUGUCCAGAUAUUGAGCAGGCAUCCAAAGCAGGGGGUGGUGGAAAACGACAUCACCAUAGUAAAGGUGGAGUCUGUGUCCGACGGAGCAGAAAGCUCCAUCACAGGUCACUUCUCCGCCAGCCCCCCCGCUGCCCUCCAGUCCCCUGAACCUCAACACUCGCUCAUUAACUCCACCGUGGACAGCCGUGGCAGUGAGAUGGCAGUCCCGCCGAGCAUGACCGGGUACCCACACGGCACCCCGCCCGUGUCCCCUCCUGCAGAGAAACACAUCGGACACCAGAGGAACUAUGACAAACCCCUUCAGUGGUACCACCAGUGCCCCAAGUGUGCCCGGGUUUUCCGCCAGCUGGAGAACUAUGCGAAUCACCUGAAGAUGCACAAGCUGUUCAUGUGCCUCCUCUGUGGUAAGACUUUCACACAAAAGGGCAACCUGCACCGACACAUGAGGGUGCACGCUGGCAUCAAGCCGUUCCAAUGUAAAAUCUGUGGAAAGACCUUCACCCAAAAGUGCUCACUGUUGGAUCAUCUAAACCUGCACAGUGGGGACAAGCCACACCGCUGUAACUACUGUGAAAUGGUCUUUGCUCACAAGCCAGUACUCCGAAAGCACCUCAAACAGAUUCACGGCAAGAACAGCUUUGACAAUGCUAAUGAAGCCACCCAGCACGAGGGGGGUCUAGAGUUUGAUUUUGGACGAAAAUAUGAUAUCCCUGAAACUUUUUAAUUUUAUUUAAACUUUUUUUUUUACCUUUUUUUCUUGAAGAGCAAAGCAUUUCUGAAAGAUUGCCAGAUGAGUGGAGAUUUGGCUUUAUCGGCCUCACCCUAAGCUCACCCUGAUGAUUUUAACUGAAGGAUAUGAUCCUAAACAAAACUUUCCAGGUCUGCACUUCACUGUAGCUUCAUUACUGUGGACUGUUGUCUGUUGUGCACAAUACAGCGUAGAUGCCUUCAUGUCAUACUUGAAAAUUAAACACUGAAACAUAAAACAAUGUUUUAGCAUCAUUGGUUUUUAUAACUGAACUCUGUCUUCGUGUGUACUGUCCUAUGGGAGAAAAAAAUGUCAAAAAGGAAAAGUUUCCAUUUGUGUAAUUGCAUAUGGGCUCCAUUGUAGACUUUCUUAACUGUGUUGAUAUAACAUGUACUUGAUAAAUAAUAUAAACUUGAAAGAGUGUUGGUUAAAAUGGAAUGCCAAAGUAUAUGUGUUACCUGAAAAGGUUAUUUUAUAUAGACUUUAUAUCAGAGGUGCAAUUGGACCAAAGUGACAAUGUAUUUGUCCUGUGUUUAUGGAAGUCGUUGUGAUUAUGAAAUAAACUAAUUCUUAAUCAUU